AUGAACCAAAAUCUUGAUGUUGGAUCCUGCCACGUCCAUAAUAGAAUGCGAUUGAGGAAGCCCCACCUUAAAGACAAACUCCCGAACCAGCUAUGUCUUCUAUGUAAUCGGGCUUUCUGCGUCGACCACAAAGGGAAGGAGGACGGUGUCUGUGAGAUUAACCAUGAGACAUACUAUCUUAAUCAUCCUGCGACCCGGGAGUCCUUGUAUCGGACGUAUGGGGACUGGAAGAAAGAUAGCGAGCAGAUGAUGGCUGAUUAG